ACUUUCAAAAAUCUUUAAGUAAAUAUUUUCUCAUUUACGAAACACAUAUAUUAUUAUUUGUGAUACGUAUUUUCACAUGUUUCGCAACUUUGAUAAUUAAGAUGACGUCACAGUAUACUUCAUUACUAAAACGUACUGAUUAUUGUCUAUUCUAAAGUAUUCGACAUUGUUGAAUGAAAAUUUCGUGUAUAGAUCAUGUUACGAAGAGGAUUUUUAUCUUUAAAACAUGUUAGGUUACUUAGGAGAAAUUAUCAUGAUGCACCUGUCAUUGGAACAUCACAAGAUACAAAAUCAUCUACUUUCCAAGAGAAUUAUCUACAAAUGAAAAUACUAGUAGAUGAAUUGAAAUCUAUUGUAGAAAAAAUAGUAGAGGGUGGGGAACGUAAAGCCAUAGAUAAACAUUUAAGCAAAGGAAAAUUAUUACCAAGAGAGCGUAUCAAUGUACUUCUAGAUAAGGGUUCUCCUUUUCUAGAAUUUUCGCAAUUGGCAGGAUACCAGAUGUAUGAAAAAGAAGAAAUACCGGCUGGUGGAAUAAUAACUGGUAUUGGUAGAGUAGAAGGGAAUGAAUGCUUAAUAAUUGCAAAUGAUUCUACAGUAAAAGGUGGCACUUAUUAUCCAAUUUCAGUAAAAAAACAUUUGCGUGCACAAGAAAUAGCAGAAGAAAAUAGAUUACCUUGUAUAUACCUGGUUGAUAGUGGUGGAGCAAAUUUACCAUAUCAAGCUGAUGUAUUUCCUGACAAAGUACAUUUUGGUAGAAGUUUUUAUAAUCAAGCUAAUAUGAGUGCUAUGGGAAUUGCACAAAUUGCUGUAGUGAUGGGAAGUUGCACAGCAGGUGGUGCAUAUAUUCCUGCAAUGGCAGAUGAAAAUAUUAUUGUUGGAAAUCAGGGUACUAUAUUCUUGGGUGGUCCACCAUUAGUGAAAGCAUCUACCGGAGAAGAAGUUACACCAGAAGAUUUAGGAGGAGCAGCUCUACAUUGUCGAAAGACUGGAGUGUCGGAUUACUAUGCUGUCGAUGACACUAAUGCUUUGUACCUAGCACGACGAGUUGUUAAAAAUCUAAAUCGUAUUCCUCCCAUGGAUGUAAAAAUUGAUUCAAAAGUGGAACUACCAGUACACGCUGUUGAUGAACUUUAUGGCAUAGUUGGUACCAAUUUAAAACAACAUUUUGAUGUACGGGAAGUUAUUGCAAGAAUUGUUGAUGGAUCAAGAUUUCACGAGUUUAAAGCAUUAUACGGGGAGACACUGGUUACUGGAUUUGCUAACAUUUAUGGUUAUCCUGUAGGAAUCAUUGCAAAUAAUGGUGUACUCUUCUCUGAAAGUGCAUUGAAAGGAGCACAUUUUGUGCAAUUGUGCGCGCAAAGAAAAAUACCUCUUCUGUUUUUGCAAAACAUUACAGGAUUUAUGGUAGGUAAAGAUGCAGAAGAAGGUGGUAUUGCUAAAAAUGGUGCAAAAAUGGUAACAGCAGUAGCAUGUGCAAAGAUUCCCAAAAUUACCGUGCUCAUUGGAGGUUCUUAUGGUGCUGGAAAUUAUGGCAUGUGUGGGCGUUCUUAUUCUCCUCGUUUUUUGUAUUCCUGGCCGAAUUCUAGGAUUUCUGUGAUGGGAGGAGAACAAGCUGCCAACGUAAUGGCUCAUAUUUCUAAAGAAAAGCGUCUUCGAGAAGGCAAAGAAUUGACGGAAGAAGAAGAAAAGAAAAUUAAAGAACCAAUUAUUAAAAAAUUCGAGGAAGAAGGUCAUCCAUACUACUCGAGUGCUAGAAUAUGGGAUGAUGGAGUGAUUGAUCCAGUUGAUACUAGAACAGUGCUUGGAUUAAGUCUAGCUGCCUGUUUGAAUGCUCCCAUACCGGAAAGCAAAUUUGGUAUUUUCAGGAUGUAAUAUAUUCUAGGAUAUAUUUUUAUAUUAGACAUUUAUCUAUACGUUCAUAAAAAUGUAUAUUUAUAUCUGUUAUAGUAUAUAUAAGUGUUAUGAAAUUUGACAACGAGUCAACAACUUCCAACUAUUUCGUGAUCUUUUAGUUUUCAGAAAAAGUUCAAAGAAAUGUAUAAAAUUAUUGAAAAAAAAAAAUAUAUAUUUUUGAAAUCGGUAAAUUUGGAAGUUGUUGAUCUAGACCAAAGAAAGAUCUCUAUUUUUAUAUGACAAUAUUUUAUGUAUAAAAAUAUAUAGAACAUUCCAUAAGUUCAAACUAUAAA